AUGGCCCUAGAGGCAAGUGGUGCGAGUAUUAUGGCCCCAGAGGCGAGUAGUGCGAGUACUGUGGCCCCAGAAGCUAAUAGUGCGAGUACUGUAGCCCCAGAUGCUAAUAGUGUGAGUACUAUGACCCAAGAGGCGAGUAGUGCGAAUAUAGUGGCCCCAGAGACGAGUAGUGCGAGUAUUAUGGCCGCAGUGGCGAGUGGUGUGAGUACUGUGGCCCCAGAGGCGAGUGGUGCGAGUAUUAUGGCCCUAGAGGCAAGUGGUGCGAGUAUUAUGGCCCCAGAGGCGAGUAGUGCGUGUACUGUGGCCCCAGAAGCUAAUAGUGCGAGUACUGUAGCCCCAGAUGCUAAUAGUGCGAGUACUAUGACCCAAGAGGCGAGUAGUGCGAAUAUAGUGGCCCCAGAGACGAGUAGUGCGAGUAUUAUGGCCGCAGUGGCGAGUGGUGUGAGUACUGUGGGUCCAGAGGCGAGUGAUGCGAAUACUAUGGCCCCAGAGGCAAGUGGUGCGAGUAUUAUGGCCGCAGUGGCGAGUGGUGUGAGUACUGUGGCCCCAGAGGCGAGUGGUGCGAGUAUUAUGGCCCUAGAGGCAAGUGGUGCGAGUAUUAUGGCCCCAGAGGCGAGUAGUGCGAGUACUGUGGCCCCAGAAGCUAAUAGUGCGAGUACUGUAGCCCCAGAUGCUAAUAGUGCGAGUACUAUGACCCAAGAGGCGAGUAGUGCGAAUAUAGUGGCCCCAGAGACGAGUAGUGCGAGUACUGUGGCCCCCAGAGGCGAGUGA